AUGGCACCGAACACCGUCUUCGGAGUAUCAAUCCAACCACCUCCUGGGAAGGAGGCAAACCUAGUACUCCCAAAUCAAGAAACCAUCAACCCACCAGUCUUCAAUGAUGCAAUGAUUGUGCGCACACGUGUCUUCAUUGAUGAACAGAAGUGCUCCCCAGAAGGCGAGAUAGAUAGUGACGAUGCACGAAGUUGGCAAUGGGUUCUGUACUCAGACUCAGACCCGAAAACACCAGUUGCGGUGAUUCGACUUGUUCCACCUCCACAACUACCGCAUGAGCUUCUUACACAUCCGGAUACUACAACAGAGAAUCUGCCGCAAUAUGACUGGGAUCACGAGCCCUGUAUCAAACUAACGCGCGUGGCUGUGGUACCCGAAUACCGAGGAAAAGGACUCGGGCGUGUGCUAGUCGAUACGGCGCUUGCUUGGGCCGCUGAAAAUGCGGAGGAGAUUGAUAAAGCAGCGGCUGAAUUGGCAGCUGAUACUAAAGAGGCACAGCCCAAGAAAUGGGAUGGAUUGGUCCUUGUUCAUGCUCAGGUAGAUGUGGAGAAGAUGUAUUCUGGAAUGGGGUUUAAAACAGACGAAUCACUGGGAAGAUGGGACGAGGAGGGCAUUGAUCAUGUGGGCAUGUUCCGACGAUUGGUACUGAAGAAAUGA